GCUCACUGCAACCCUGCCUCCUAGGUUCAAGUGAUUCUCCUGCCUCAGCCUCCCGAGUAUCUGGAACUACGGGUAUGCAUCACCACAAACCAGCUAAUUUUUGUAUUUUUAGUAGAGACAGGGUUUCGCCAUGCUGGUCAGGCUGAUCUCAAACUCCUGACCUCAGGUGAUCCACCCCCCUCAGCCUCCCAAAGUGCUGGGAUUACAGAUGUGAGUCACUGCGCCCAGCCUCAUUAAACUUUUUUUAAGGGGAGAAAACAAGCAGAGAGAUAUGAGGUCACCUGGCCAAGGUCUCAUAGCUAGGGAGGGACAGAGCUGAGAUUUGAAGCGAGGUCCAAGUCAGGCUAAAGACAGGAAGGGGGCUAGGGAAGGAGACCAGAGCCACUGCUCCCAGCACUUGGCAGGGGUCUGAUUAUCAUCUGUGAGUCCUAAGAGCAGGGAUCAGGCUCCCCUCGGGGCACACAACUAUGGAGUGAGAGGGAAGGGGGAGCUGUAUGGUUUCUCUGUGCCUCAGUUUCCUUCUCUGUAAAAUGGAGCUAAUUCUACCUUCCUGCUACCAAGAUUAGAGACAUUGCUUGGAAAAGGCUGUCUUUUUCUCUUCCCACACCUUCCACCCACUCUUGCUUGUGGGCAGAGGAUGAGGCAGCUUGCCCAACCCUCCGGGAGGUGGACCCCAAAAAGGGCGGGACAAGGCAGCCAGGAGAGCUUCAUUAAAGAGUGGAAAAGCAGAAGUGACAGGGAUUCCCAAGCCCCAGCGAUUCCCCCACUUCCUCUCCACCUGCCACGGCUGCCAGCGACCGCCUGCCUGAAACCACUGCCAUUCAGACAGCAUGCCGGGCCACCCAGGAGCAGCUGAGCACCUUGUCAAGACCGGGUGGAGGUCCUGGCACUUGGGGUUCUGGAAGGCCCUUGCCCCACUGCAGGCUGCCUGGGACGCCUUCUCCCAGCCUGUUCCAGCCAGCUGUGGCCAGCUGCUGACCCAGCUCCUCCUGUGUGCCUCCCUGGCUGCUGCUGCUGCAGGUCUGGUUUAUCACUGGCUGGCAUCCUUGCUGCUUUAUCCUCCUGGACCUUCAGCCAUGGUGGCCGCUGUCUGUGGCCUCCUGGUCUUCCUGAGCCUGGGCCUGGUGCCCCCAGUCCGCUGCCUGUUUGCACUCAGCGUGCCCACCCUGGGUACAGAGCAGGGCCGCCGGCUGCUCCUGUCUUACAGCACUGCCACCCUGGCCAUUGCUGUGGUGCCCAACGUCCUGGCCAAUGUGGGUGCGGCCGGGCAGGUGCUGAGAUGUGUCACCGAGGGCUCCCUGGAGAGUCUGCUCAAUACCACUCACCAGCUGCAUGCAGCAUCCAGGACUCUGGGCCCCACAGGCCAGGCAGGCAGCCGGGGCCUGACAUUUGAGGCCCAGGACAAUGGCUCUGCCUUCUACCUUCACAUGCUCAGGGUCACUCAGCAGGUCCUGGAGGAUUUCUCUGGCCUGGAGUCCCUGGCCCGGGCAGCAGUGCUAGGGACCCAGCGAGUGGUCACAGGGCUGUUUAUACUGGGUCUCCUGGUGGAGUCGGCAUGGUACCUCCAUUGCUACCUGACAGACCUGCGGUUUGACAAUAUCUACGCCACACAACAGCUGACCCAGCGGUUGGCACAGGUCCAGGCUACACACCUCGCGGCCCCUCCGCCCACCUGGUUGCUCCAGGCGGCUCAGCUGAGGCUGUCACAGGAGGAGCUGUUGAGUUGUCUUCUAAGGCUGGGGCUGCUUGCCCUGCUCCUGGUGGCCACGGCUGUGGCAGUGGCCACAGACCAUGUAGCCUUCCUCCUGGCACAGGCGACAGUGGACUGGGCUCAGAAGUUGCCAACUGUGCCCAUCACGCUCACGGUCAAGUAUGAUGUGGCAUACACUGUCCUGGGCUUCAUCCCUUUCCUCUUCAACCAGCUGGCCCCGGAGAGCCCCUUCCUUUCGGUCCACAGUUCCUACCAAUGGGAGCUCCGCCUCACCUCCACGCGCUGCCCACUGCUACCCGCCCGACGUCCCCGCGCAGCCGCCCCACUGGUCGCGGGGGCCCUGCAGCUCCUGGCGGGCUCCACGGUGCUCCUGGAGGCCUACGCCCGCCGCCUGCGGCACGCCAUCGCCGCGUCCUUCUUCACAGCCCAGGAGGCCAGGAGGGUCCGCCACCUGCACGCCCGGCUCCAGCGAAGACAGGACAGGCGCCAAGGCCAGCAGCUCCCCCUGGGGGCUCCUUCCUGCCCCACACCCAGACCUGCCUGCAAGCCUCCGGCAUGGAUAGACUGCAGGCUGGAUGCCUUGAGAACCGAGAGCAGUGAGGGAGAGGGGAAAGAGCUUUGGAGUUACGGAGACCUGAGUUGUAACAUUGGUCCUGUGCCACCUCCCUGUGUGACCUUGGGUAGGUCACUUCACCUCUCUGAGCCUCAGUUUCUACAUCUGCAUAACGACGGCAUAUUUACCAUUGAUGUGACCUACUUCCCACGCAGGGAUGUGGUCAGGAUGGAAGGAAAUACUGGGCAUGAUAGGCCUGGAUAACCGGUAAAGAACCAUGCAAAGGCAAAGACAAGGAGUGCAGAGACAGCUCAUGGUUCCUCCAGGCCGGUUGGCAAUCAGGCUCAUCUCAUCUGCACCAACUGCUCUACCUGUUAGAUGGAGACUUUGCAUCAAGAAUUUCUCGAAAUGCUCCUGGAACUUAUUUAUAUGCCUCGAAAUCCUCUGAACUCAUUUAUAGUAACCCAUAGUUUUAAUUUUAUAAAUAAACGUAUUUAUUAAAUCUUA